AAAAAAAAAAAAAAUUAAAAAAAAACUCAUCAGUAAUCAUAGUUUACACACUCAGUAAUCAGUUUAUGAAUUUUGUCACAUUGUAAACAAAUGGACUAGAAGUUAUCGACAAAAUGCAAAAAAAUGAUGUGUCUAUGUCAAUAGAAAUUCCAUACAAAUUGUAUAAAGCUGAUGCUGGUGGAUAUAAGUUUAUUUUAAAACCAAAUUUACAACUAGAAAAUCAUAAUUACCAACCUGCUCUUUAUCUAAUCGACAAACAUUGUCCACAUGACAAACUGUAUGAGAUUCAAUUUGAUUAUGCUAAGCACACAGUUUAUAUUACAACUGGAGAAGGAAUACUCACUAGCCUACCACUUCCAGAAGAGUUCUCAGAUUUAAAUGAGGUGGAGGUUUGGAUGACAUGGAUUAAAAAAGAUAUAUGUGUGGGAACAAAGAAUAAGACAUUUUUUACAUACCCUAGGAACAUCACUGGUGGUAAAUCGGCUGAUAAAUUUAUUGGAUAUAUAAAAUUUGAAACUAAUUAUGGUUUUGAUUGGAAGGUCCAUGAAUCUCCAGAAGUGUAUAAAAUGCCCCUAGAAAAAAAUUUAAAAGGAGGGAAAUUGCAUUGGGUAGCUAUUGAUGAUCACAAGUUACCACAAGAUGCAAUGAUAGGUGGAUUUGAGAAGAAUCCAAUAUAUAUAGCUAGAGCUAUGUAUCAAGGGUCACUCUGUCCUGGAAAAUAUGUGCCUGAAGAAGGAAAAGCUUAUGUAGCUUGGGGUGGAGAGGAACAUGAGAAAAGCAAUUUUCAGAUACUAUGCGGAUAUAAUGCUAAGUGGGUGCUAUGUUCCGAUGACAAUAUCCCAGAAAAUGCAUUUGUUGCUGGCACAUCAGAAAUACAAAAUGAACCACUAUAUAUAGGAAGAGCUUUUAUUGAUUAUAAGUUAAUAGUGGGUAAAGUUCACAUGCUGUAUAAGACAUGCUAUUUGCCAUAUCAAGGUGAAGAAAUAGAAGUGCAAGAUUAUGAAAUAUUACUUGAUUUAAGCAUUAAACCAAGAGGUUAUCCUUGUCGUGGAAAGUGUAAAGUUAAUGUCUUCAACAAGGACCGAACAUGUAUUUAAACAAUAAUUAAAUGUUUUAUUAAUUCAAUGAAAACAUAAUAUAGUAUUGUAUGUGGACUCUAUUUACGCACUUUGACGCUAAAUAGGUCCGUUGUACGUGAAGUCCUAGCAAACUAAGCCAGCCUUACUCCUUCCAAAAGCACAGAAGCUUCUUGGGCACUUCGCAGGCUUCACGGGGCGACCUCACUGAUCCAAGGAUUAUAAUAUAUAAUUUUUGUUAAUAUUUUAACUAUAAAGUCUAAAAACAGACAGUGCCUUUAUAUGAAUUAAGAUCUUACAGUACAAUUAUGCAAUUUAAAGUAAUGUUUAUGCCCAAUCAGUGGAUUGUCUUAUCUCAGGAAAGGUUAUUUACUUCAUAUAUAUGUAAACAAUACUUGUGCAUUUAAUAUGUUAUUGUAAAAGAUGAUUUUCUUAUGUGUGAUUCUACAUUUUGCUUUUUAUUGAACACUUUCAUACUUUUGAUUUAUUGGCAAGUUGAUUAAUACAUCUUUAAAUUUGGGGAAAAUCUGGAAAUCUACUUGAUUCACUUCUGCAUUCAAUCCAAUUUUCUAAACUCCCAAUGCUAGUGCCGAAGUUUUCCCAAAAGAUUUCUAGUGCCGUCGAUAACAACAUAGAAAUUUGAGUUUACGGAUUUUAUACCUACUUGUAUCUGAGCUUCAAACGAUCCUUUUAUUUUCAGUGGUGUAGAGCUACCAUAAGCCAUAAAUGUAACAUCGGGUUUUGGGAGUUGAUUAUACACUUUAACUCGGUUUUUCUUUCCCAAGUUCUUUCCGUAAUCAAAUUCCGUUUGCAGACCGAAUCAAUCAACAUCUUACUUUGUACUCUUCCAAUUGUGUAAGUGCAAUUAAUUUCCACAUCGUCAUCAAUAUGAAAAACAUACUCAGUUUCUCCUUCUUUAUGUACUGCGUUGUUAGAAGAGUCACCCACUUGAUUAACUUGCAUUCUUCUUCCUGUCGAAACGACCUUUCUUUUGUUCACGUCUAUAUUCUCUUUCCGUUUCAAGGUCUGUUUCGUUCGGCAGUAUUGUCUGAAAUGCCCCUAAAGACCACACUUUAAGCAUUCUUUAUCCCUUGCUGGGCAUUUCGUAUCAUUUCCAGAAUAUCUAGGAUUACCACAUCUACCGCAUCCAUGUUGAACAUUUCUUGAUGUAUCAAAGUUCCUUUGAAAUUUACUAUCUAUCCUGUUUACUUCUUCACUCGCGUUUGAUUUUAGAGGGUUUUUAAACUCUUCUAAUUGUUUAUUAACAACUCCAAGAUUAUUUGCUUCGGUGAUUACUUGUUCUAUUGUAAUUUCAUCUCCAAACCGUAAUAUCUUUUUCCUCAGUUCGGGUAGGAAACAUUUUUCCGUUAUU